CAGGAACAAUUACACGGCUUAUAUCUCUGAACAAAACUAAUGGGUAACAACAAUAUUACCAUCAAUCAGCUGAAAAUGUCCUAGCAUCUCCAGCAAGGGAAUCAACAACAAUAUUAGCAUCAAUCAGCUGAAAAUGUCUCCAUUUUUAGCAUCAAUCAGCUGAAAAUCUCUAGCUACAUCUCCAUUUUUAGAGGCAAUAAUGUGUUGCCUCAGUAAGUGAUUUUUCUUAUAGUGCUAGAGAUAUGAUCUUCUUGAAGAUGUGGUGUAUAGAAACUGUUUUUGGCUGAUCUUUCUUGUAUGCAGGUUUUCCAGAGAACAAGUUGAACAGCUAGAUAGAAGCAAGUUGUGGGCAAGAGCUCUUGAUGGCUCCGAUUAUCUCCCUGGACUGGUAGGACUUAAUAACAUCAAGGAGACUGAUUUUUUGAAUGUUACAAUUCAAGCACUUAUGCGAGUUACACCCUUGAGGAACUUUUUCCUGAUCCCAGAGAACUACCAACAUUGUAAAGCUCCCCUGGUUCAUCGUUUUUGGGAGCUCACUCGUAAAAUCUGGCAUGCAAGAAAUUUUAAGGGACAGGUGAGCCCCCAUGAAUUUUUGCAGGCUGUGAUGAAAGCGAGUAACAAAGAGUUUAAAAUAGGUGCUCAAUCUGACACACUUGUUUUUCUGACAUGGCUCCUUCGUACCCUUCACAAAGCACUCAAAAAGAAAAAUACGAGUAUCAUUCAUCAGUGCUUCCAGGGAGAACUGGAGGUUGUGAAAGAGAUGCAGAGUAAAGGUACUGAGAGAAGAGAAAGUGGGGAUGAUCAGAAUGGUGGAUCCCAAAACCCUAAUGUUGUCAGAGAAACUUCCAAAAUGCCAUUUCUAAUGCUACCCCUUGAUUUUCCUCCUCCGCCACUGUUUAAAGACGUGAUGGAAAAAAAUAUUAUCCCUCAGGUUCCACUUUUCAACAUAAUGAACAAGUUUGACGGGGAGACCAUAACAGAAGUCGUGCGUCCUCAAAUAGCUAGGAUGCGAUAUCGUGUAACUAAACUGCCACCUUACAUUAUUGUGCACAUGCAGCGUUUCACGAAGAACAACUUCUUUGUUGAGAAGAAUCCCACCCUUGUUAAUUUUCCUGUGAAAAAUCUCUGAGUUGAAGGAUUAUACCCCUUUGCCCACACCAGAAGAUGAUGAAAAAUCUCGUUCAAAAUACGAUUUAAUCUCAAACAUUGUCCAUGAUGGCGAACCCAUUGAAGGGUCGUACAGAGUCUUCGUUCAAAGGAAGUCAGAGG